AUGACCCCUUCAGUCCAUCAGAACAGCCCCUUCAGCCCAUCAGAACAGCCCCUUCAGUCCAUCAGAACAGCCCCUUCAGCCCAUCAGAACAGCCCCUUCAGCCCAUCAGAACAGCCCCUUCAGCCCAUCAGAACAGCCCCUUCAGCCCAUCAGAACAGCCCCUUCAGCCCAUCAGAACAGCCCUUCAGUCCAUCACAACAGCCCUUCAGUCCAUCACAGCAGCCUUCAAGUCCAUCACAACAGCCCCUUCAGCCCAUCAGAACAGCCCCCUUCAGCCCAUCAGAACAGUCCCUUCAGCCCAUCAGAACAGUCCCUUCGGCCAUUUUAAAAUCCUCUCUCGAGUCCUUUUUAAUAUUCCUGAAGCAAAAUCGCAAAAGCCUUCAAAAGUCUUCAAAAGCCUUCCUCUUGGCCCCCAGUAACACCUCCAGCAGUCCGAGCAAAGCCUCUCUGCCAGCCAUCAGCACCCCUUCAAUAGCACCUUCAACAACAUCGAUCAUAGCUCCUCCAACACCUCCUUAA